AUGGGCCAACGGCGGCUCGGGCGGCAGCUCGGCAGGGCACUCGGAAUUUGUUCACCGCCGAAAGACAGCUCUGGCCAUGCCACCAAUGACCACGGUCCGCCGCACCGGCAGCCAUCAGCGCAGCUCGUCGAGGAGCAAGGUGAUCCGACUCGUCCUUGUAUCCCAGUCGAUCUCUCCCGGCAUGGUCGACGAAUCAUGUGA